GUUGCGUUGGGCAGCAAUGGCAAGUAUCUGGUCGGGAGUAUCUGCUCGGGCUACGACGCCCCAUGGCUGGCGCUGGAGUCCUUGAGGAUCGCGCCGCAGUUCGAGAACGCAUUCGCAUGUGAUGUUGACGGAUUAUGCCGCCUGGUUCUCGAGAAGAACCACCGCGGCCUUCGCCGCGGCAACGUCUUCGGCGACAUCAAGGGCAUCAACAUGCAGCAGCUCGCUAAGGCCAUCACCGCCGAUGACCAGCUCUUCUUGUUGACGGCAGGUUUCCCGUGCCAGCCCUUCUCGAUGGAAGGCUAUGGUUUGGGUGCAGACGAUCAUCGUUCCAUUGCCGAGUACGUGGUGGCUGGGAUCAAGGCGCUGUUGCCCGAAGGGUUUUUGUUAGAGAACGUCGAAGGGCUGCUCACCAGCCACGCGCACACAUUCCACAAGAUCUUGUCCGCCCUCCAGGAGAUCAAGGGCAAAGGGUCCAAGGGCUACAACUUGUACUACAAGGUUCUAGACUCCCAGACUACAUCUGGCCUUCCCCACUCCCGGCGCCGGCUUUUCAUAGUCGGCAUAUGGAAAUCGCUGGAGGAGCAAUUCGGCUGCUUCACGUGGCCCGCCGACGCCCUCGCCGUGGAUCCCCUGGACAAGUACCUCGAUGCCGACAACAAAGGCACCGCCCUCCCGGAAUCCAGGACCGCCCUCGCCAACUACACGAAGUGCCUGGAGAAGAUCGGCGGCCCGAACGCAGCGAGCAAGUUGAAUAGAGGAAACUACGUUGGCGACCUCAUGAUGGGCCUCACUCGGAGGGUGAACCUGAUGAAGAACGC